AUGGAUUUGCCUUUCGAACUUAAGCUUCUCAAAAAAGGUAGACCAAAAGAUGACGUAUGGCAAUAUUAUUUAGAAGGGGAAUGUGAUUCACAGGGACACGCAAGUGCUGUAUACACUUAUUGUAAUAUAAAAUACAGCAGGGGUGAAACUUCUCUUCUUAAGGGUCACCUUGCUAACCACUGUAUGAAAGCUCCAGGAAAUGUUAUACGAAUGUAUCAACGUAACUUUGAAGAAAAUGCCAAAAAAAAAAUGAAAAUUAAUGGCCAAUUAACAUUAAAUGAAUUUCAUGAUAAAGAUCAGCCACUUCCAAAGGAAAAUCUGAUAUAA